UUCAAUUUGCACUGGUCACCGGUUGACAGAUACCAGGAAAUAAACAUAUUUUUUCACUGUUUUGUUUCUGGAAAUUAAUUUGUUUAUGUUUGUGCCAUUGCUGAUAAAUCUGGAAGUAGAGCAUUAUAAUGGAGGACGAAAUCUUAGUUAUGGAAGAUGAAGAAGUUCAAGGAACAAUGGAAAAAGAUGAACUUAUACCAUCUAAAUCAAAUGCUCUAUCAUCACCAGAAGUUAUUAGUCCAUCUUCUAGUAAAAGCAGUUUUGCAAUUUCAUCUAAUUCAGGAAAUUCUGGAUCACUUAUUCAUAGAAAAUACAUUCGAAGUAAAUCCCUAUCGAAUAUCGCCCCUGAAGCUUACACCGCUCGAGAAGCCAACAGAAUCAGGGAGAGAUUAUUAAGAACCAACUCGCAUUUAGAACCAGAUGCAAUUAGAAAUUUCUCCGGAAGUCAAAAAAUGACUUUGAUUCUGUUGGCAGGGGUGGAUUUCAUGAGCUUUUGUUCCAUGUCGAUUAUGGCACCGUUCUUUCCACGAGAGGCUGCCGAAAAGGGUUUGUCUGACACGUUGUCUGGCUUCGUGUUCAGCUUUUUUGCUCUAGUCAUGUUUAUUACGUCUCCUAUUUUUGGAAAAGUCCUGCCAAAAAUUGGUGCAAAGUUUUUGUUUCUUGCUGGGAUGUUUACAGCAGGGGGUUGUAAUAUAUUAUUUGGAAUGUUAGAGUAUGUACACGAUUUUACACUCUUCACUACUUUAUGUAUAGUUAUUAGAGGUCUGGAAGCAUUGGGAGCUAGCGCCUUUUCAACUGCUAGUUACGUCUUCGUGGUGAACACGUUUCCAAACAACAUUGGAUCUGUAAUUGGAAUUUUGGAAACAUUUGUAGGCCUUGGAAUGAGCACAGGCCCAGCGUUGGGAGGCCUUUUGUACUCCUUGGGUGGCUUCAGCCUGCCAUUUUUUGUGUUAGGGGUAGCAAUGAUAUUAAUAGUGCCAAUAAACAUUUGCUUAUUACCUAGAGUUGAAGACUUUAAUGUAGAGAAUAAAUCUACAUCGAUAUUUAAAUUAAUAAAAGUUCCUGCAAUCGUUGUGACCGGACUGGUUGUAGUAGUUGUUUCCAGUACUUGGGCGUUCCUGGAUCCGACUUUAGAACCUCAUUUACGACAGUUCAACCUAAGUGCUGAAAAAAUAGGGCUAAUAUUUUUACUAUUCUCCGGAUUAUACGGCCUAUCGAGCCCAGCUUGGGGAUGGUUGGCAGAUAAAGUUAAUAAUCACUGGUCGAUGAUGGUUGUUGGUUUGUUUAUGUGCACCAUUGGGUUACUGUUAUUAGGACCAUGCCCACUUGUACCAUUUUUAGAAAGUUCACUUUGGCUCAAUUUGGUAGCCCUUUCAAUUCUUGGAAUCUCAGUAGCUCUAGCCUUAUUGCCAACAUUUCAGGGUGUUCUUUCAAGUGCCAUUAAAGGGGGAUGUGGUGAUUCACUGGCAACAUGUAGCGUGGUGGCUGGUGUUUGGUCCUGCAUGUAUUCGUUAGGAGAAGUUAUUGGUCCUUCUUUGGGAGGAUUCCUCUUGCAGUAUUAUGGGUUUCCUAUUACAGCUACUGUUAUGGCUUCUAUGACUUUAGUUCUCGGCAUAACUACAUUUAUAUUUUUCGUAUGUAAAAGUACUUAUUGUAGCGAUUCAGAUACAGUUUCCGACAGCGGUAUCAGUGAAUCGUGGAAAAGUUCAGCUAACUCGGAGGCUUCUGAAAGUACGCCAUUACUUUUCACUAGGGUCGAUUCCAGUCAUCGGCUCUAUACUGAAGACAAAAUACAGUAUUAUGAGCACAGCAGAAAACAAGAUAAUGAGAAUGGUGAUAUUGAUUUCAAUCAAGUAACUGACGUAAGGGGUACUGUUAAUAUAACCCCAAAGGGGUCGUGUGAAGUAUGAGAUAUAUUAGAUAUAUAUUUAUACAUAUGAAUAUCCUGUGGGUUAUUUGUACUUUUAUAGUUAUAAUGUUUGUUAAAAUUAAACAAAAUUGAGUAACA